AUGGGUAUUUUCGAAAGUUCACUGUUUUAUUUUCAUUUAAUCACUUAUUUUCUAAUUGUUUCACGUUCGAAAAUGGCUUCUGCUGUUCAUAAACCUGAUAAUACUAAAGAAAUAGCUGAAUAUAUGGAAUAUUUAUCAAAGGAAUAUUUUAGUAAAAUAUUUCCUAAUUCAAUAAUUUCUAUUGAAAAAAAACCUAAAACUGGCAAACAAGGUGGUCACAUUGUGAUGAUUCGAUCUAGUGAAGCUAAUUCAACAGAUACAACCAUUAAAAAAUUUUAUGUUAAACCACAAGAUCAAUUUGUUAUUCCUUCAACAUCAUCAUUAUCAUUAACAUCGAAAUUAGCUGAUGUGGAAGAGUUAUUCAUAUAUAAAUUGUUAUCGAAUAUUAAUAAAGCACCAUCAGCACAUUUUUAUAUCAAUCAAAAUAAACCUGAUUGCUUAUUAAUUGCCACAGCUGAUGGUAAUAGUGUAUCAUAUGAGAAAUUUUUUACUGCAGCUUGUUAUCCAGCUGCUCAUAUAGAAGCAUAUUUCACCGUCGAAGACAUAAUUUUAAUUCGAGUACUAGAAGUUAUAUUGUGUCUACAAGAUGUUUUAUCAAAUACUGAUAAUUAUGGUUGGCUUAAUCCAUCGAAAAAAAUGUUUAUAAUUGAUUUCUCAAUCAACGAAAAUGUAACGAUGAAGUCAAAGCCCCCAUUAGCUGCUAACAUGUUAACUGAUAAAAUACACGAACAUGGUCAUAUUUUAAUAUGCAAGCUCAUAUCAAAAUUUAACCAAGCUGAACGUAACAUGAAAGUGGCCUUUGCUUAUCGUGCUGUAGAAUCAGUGAUCGAUUCAUUUGCUGAUGCUAUUUCAACCAACUCGUGA